AUGAGGAACAUCCGCGUCAUCCGGGAGACCGCGACGCAGCUGGCGUUCGCGACGGGCAGCGCGGACGCGCGGAACCGCGUCGAUCACCUCGUGCUGGACCCGGAGCGCAACGCAGCCUACCUUGCGUCGCGCGGGUGCGCCCUGUGCGGCGUCAGCACGGACACCGGGCAGGAGCUCUGGGAGAUGUUCCUCCCGCUCGAGGCGGAGGCGUGCGAAAUCAACCUCUCGACGCAAACGAACGACGACCUAGGGGGGGGUCCACGCGUGGCCGGCAUGGCGCACUCCCUCGAGCUCAACGCGCUCAUCCUCGCCAUGUCCGGCGGCCAGAUCCUCACCCUCGAGCUCGACGCCGGCACGCUCGAGCUCACUGCGGACCUCGGCGCGCCCAUCCUGGGCAUGGCCCUCAGCCCCGUGGGCGACGCGCUGGUGCUGGCGUGCGCGUACGACGAGCUCACGCUCGUGCUGAUGUCGACGCAGUGGGUCGUGCUCGCGGAGGAGCCCGCUCAGGCCUUCAUCAGCGGGGCGCUGUCGCACAAGUGUCUGGCGCCGCACGGGGGCGGCGCGGAUGACCCCGGGCACGAGCCGUGCGAGAUCUCGUGGCGCGAGGACGGCAAGUACUUCGCGAGCGUGACGCGCGGGGGUCUGGACGGGUCCCAGCGGCGCAUGCGCGUCUGGGAGCGCACGUCCACGGGCGGGCUCGCGCUCGUGUCGGCGGGGGAGCUCGAGGCGGGCACACUCCCCCCGGUGGCGUAUUGCCCCAACGGGCGAAACGUGUACUGCGCGGCGGUGGACGGCGACGGCGCGGGGCACGUCCUCAUCUACGAGCGCAACGGCCUGCAGCACGGCGGCUUCACGCUGCCCUCGCACGGCACCGUCACGCAGCUGCAGUGGUCCCCGGACAGCGAGCUCCUCGCCGUCGCGUCCCGGCCGCGCGCGAGCGACGACGACGACGACGCGCCCGCGGACUCCGACGGCGACGACGACGCGCACGUCCUCGUCCAGAUCUGGCGCCGCCAGAACUGGCGGUGGUACCUCCAGUACGAGCGGCAGCUCCCCGGACGUCACGUGACGAUUCAGUGGGACCCGGAAAGUCCGCGAUUCCUGCACUCGUGCACCUCGGCGGGGACGCUCCGGCGGUGGGAGAUCGCGACGGGCACCGACGUGUCCCCGCUGGGCACCGCCGCGGUGAUCGACGGCCGCCACGCCCGGCUGACGGCGCUGGGCCUCAGCGUGGUGCCGCCGCCGAUGUGCAGCGCGCUGGUGGCGUUCCCGCGGCCGCUGCGGCAGCUGUCGUGGGCCGCGGGCUGCGAGGACGAGACGUUCGCGGCGCUGAUGACGUGCGGGGGGGUGUGCGUCGCGCAGUCGGACGAAGCGGACCUGUGGGAGGACACGGCACUGGAGGGCCUGGCGACGGGGGCGUCCGGCGAGACGGAGGGCGCGGGGGAGUUCGAUCCGGGCGCCGCGCUGAAGGCGCGCGACCUCGUCGUCGACGGGCUCCCCGCGCUGCAGGACGUGGACGUGACGCACAUCGGCUGGGCGGCCCCGGGGGUGUUGGUGGUGGCGUCGUUCGGGGCGCCCGCCGCGCAGCCGGCGUCGUGCGCCGCGAGCGGCGCGGACACCGACGUCGACGAGGCCGUCGAGGGCCGUCUGCGCGCGAUCAAGCUCGAGAUGCCGCCGGCGCUGUCGCCGGACUCGACGGUGCACGGCACGCUGAUCGGGCAGAGCGUGACCGCGGGCAGCAUCCUCACGAUCACGUGCGUGCGCGGCCUCGGCGCGGUGGUGCAGCACGUGGACGGGUCGCUGUCGGUGGUCGACCCCUCUGGGGCAGCACGUGCGCUGCCCCCGGAGCUGCACAUGGGGCAGCCGUGUCCGGACGUGAUCGCGUGUCCUGAGGUCGGCAGCGGCGACGCGAGGGACCACUGGGCGGUGGCGUCGCUGCCGCCGCUGCUGGGCGUGACGCCGGGCGGCGCGCUGCUCUGGGGCGGCGCGACGGUCGCGGAGGGCGUGUUGUCGGUGGGGGUGCGCGCGUGGGGCGCCGGGGGGGCGUUCCUGCUCUUCACGACGCGCACGGGCCUCAUGCACGUCCUGCCGGUGCGGGAGCUCGCGGAGGAGCUCGUCGCGCGGCGCGCGGCGAGCAACGGCGCGCUCGGCAACCUCGCGCGAGACGCACAGGCGGCGCCCGGGUGGCAGGCGCCCGCGCCGCGCGCGGACAAGGGCGACGGAAUGCACCUCGCGAUGCAGGCGGCAAUGCGUCCGAACGCCGCGAACGCCGCGGUCAAGAGCACGCGCGUGCGCAUCGUCGAGGACGGGUCCCACAUCAUCGCCGCGCCCCCGGGGGGGUCUCUGGUGGUCCUCCAGGCGCCUCGCGGCAACCUCGAAGGCGUCUGCCCGCGCGUGCUCGUCCUCGCGGCCGUCUCCGUGGCGCUCGACGCCGGGAACUACCGCGAGGCGUUCCGGGUCGCCGCCGCGAAUCGCGUCGACCUCAACCUGUUGGUGGACUACCGGUGGCCGAGGAUUCUCGAGCCGGACGUCGCGAGGGCCGCCGUGGAGAGCAUUCUGGCGCCGUCGCACCUGAUGGACCUGGUCGGGACGCUGCAGGAGGGCAGCACGGUGUCGAGUGGGGGGGUGUAUGACGACAUGGUGUGGCCGGCCGGCGAGCACGCCGACCCGGGCGUGGGCGGCGCGCAGACCGGGGCGAAGGUUCCGGCGGUGUGCGGGGCGCUCCGGGCCGCGAUGGCGGCGGUCGACCGCGCAGGAUACACGCUGGCAGUGCUGUCGACACACAUCCGCGAAGGCGACCCCGCCGGCGCGCUCCGCGUCCUCCGCACGCUCCGCGAGAGCGAGGGCGCGCGCGAGGCGCAGCCGGGCCCGACCGGGCAGCUCGCCCCGUCCGCCGAGGACGCGUUGCGGCACCUCCUAGUCAUCUCCGACGGCGCGUCGCUGUACACCGCGGCGCUGUCGAUGUACGACGUGCAGCUCGCGUUCAUGGUCGCCUCGAGCCCCGCGUCGGGCAUGGACCCCGCAGAGGUCCUCGAGGAGCUCCAGGCGCUCGCGGACGAGCCCGUGGAAGCACUGCGCCGCUACCGGAUCGAUCUGAAGCUCAAGCGGUGGUCGGAGGCGCUGCGGAACCUGGCGGCCGCGGGCGACGCGUUCUUCGGCGACGCGCUGGCGCUCGCCGCCGAGCGCGGGCUCCUCCGGGAGUGUCUCCUGCUGUAUGACAAGCAGCCCGAGUUCGAGAGGAGGGUUCUCGCGGCGAUGGGCGCGAGUCUGCAGCGGCAGAACCGGCCCGAGGACGCCGGGCUGGCGUUCGUGGCCGGCGGCGACGCGCGCGGGGCGCUCGAGGCGUACCUGCAGGCGGGCGACUGGGAGAUGGCGAUGACGCUCGCGGGGCGUCUCGGGAUGGGCCCGGCGGAGCGCGCGCAGCUGGCGCGGAGCGCGAGCGACGCGCUGGUGUUCGUGGGGCGGCUGCGGGAGGCGGGGAUCCUCGUGGCGGAGUACAUGGGCAACAUCGACGAGGGGGUGUCUUUGAUGACGCAGGCGCGGGAGUGGCGGUACGCCGCGCGGCUGUGCUACAAGCACGCGCGCCCGGACCUCGAGGAGACCAUCGUCGCGCCCGCGGCCGCGGACGCCGCCGCGCAGCUCCUCGAACACUCUUCUUCCUGCAUCAGCAAGCUGCGAAAGUACCACGCGCGGGUCGUGGAGGUGCGGGAGAAGCGGCGGGCGCUCGCCGAGGCCGAGGCGGCGGCUGCGCAGGACGAGGACAACGCGCCGCCGGUGCUGGACCACGAGGUGGCGAGCGACGCUGGGUCGAUUGCGUCGGCGUAUACGGCGUACACGACGGGGACGGCGGUGACGGGGGCGACGCGGACGACGGGGCAGGCGAGCAGCAGCGUCGCGGCGCCGUCGACGGUCGGCGGGCGCGCGGGGAAGAAGAGCCGCAAGGGCAAGAAGGCGCGGGGGAUCCGCGCGGGCGCGGCGAACGAGGAAAAGAGGCUGCUGGAGCACCUGGAGAGCCUGGGUCCGACGGAGCUGGGGCUGAAGGAGGCCGGGGCGCUGGCGGAGCUGCUCGUGUCGCUCGGGCACCUCGCGGACGCGCGCGUGCUGCAGCGGGAGGUCGGGCGGUGGUUGGAGGAGCACGUGGCGGUGCAGAGGGAGAUCCUGAGUCAUGGUCCGCGCCAGACGGGCCCCGCGGAGGAGCAGCUGGGCGCCGAGGCGCUCGCGGCGGAGAAGGAGAAGGCGGCGGACGCGUGGGCGCGGCAGAAGGUCGCGCUCGACAAGCUCGUCGCGGUGGGGUGGAAGUGGGAGGUGGCGCGCGGGGCGUAG